AUGCCCAAUGAUGCAGGUGCUCCAAUGGAGGAUUUACCACAAGAUGGUGAAGCGCUCGAAUUGCCGGACGACCUUGAUAUGGGCGAAAAAGGAGAGGUUAAUGAGGAGGAGCAAGGCAGCGGAGACAUGGACGAGCUCAGUGAAAUGGCGGACGACAACAACGAGAAGCAACGAGAUGAUGACGAACACGACAUGGAAUACCAAGAGCAACUAGAGGCUACAGAAGACGAGCCAGGCACCCUGCCAGAAGAGAAUAGAGAUGCCAUUGCGCAGCCGGAUGAAGUAGAGGGAAGCGGACAGCAGGAUACUCGGGGCGGCGGUACUUCUAUGCUCGAACUCGGGACUGAAGCAAACGCGGACAGAGACAUGGAUGAGGAAAUGCACGACGCGAAUGAAGCUCUAAAUACAGACCAACAACCCGAGGGCAAUAGUGGCAUGGGCAACAAUGCAGAGACAGAAGCCACUGCCACAGGAGAAGCCCCAGUUGAAUCGAGACAAUCGAGCGGAAAUCAAGAGGUGUCGAUGUCUGACCAAGUACAAACAACACCACGAUCCGUCGCAGAAGCUCUGUCUCAAGUCCGCCGCAACUAUCAGGAGAUUUUAGAGAGACUCUCUCAAGCGAAUCACCUACCAGCAGACAAGACAGAGUUUCAAUCUGUGGAGCAUGCUGUUGAAGAAGACGAGAAUACUCAACUAGCACUUGGUACCGCCGAAGAUGAAAUCGCUCGUCUGCGUGAUCUCAAUCUCAUCGAUGAGACUACCGAGAAGCUUGAUCAAGAGGAUACAGACUUGGUCGAUUUGGAAGAUGAAGGUUCCCACCACCAACUCACGCCGAAGCAAACUCCAAAGCCUCUAUCCAGCUCCGCCCAGAAGGAAGGCAGUGGCGAAAGGUCCGAAGAAGCCCUCGUUGGAGACGAGAUUCGUCGUCAAUUUGGAACUCAAAAUGGCCGGGCAGAGCUUCCAUCUUCGGAACGCCAACCUUUGACAAGCGAUGAUGUCGAGUCAAGGUUGGUGGCCUGGCAAAAUGAUCCAGAGUGCACUGAGAGCGCGGAGACAAUGUGGCGUCUGUAUUCUUCGCUUACCCACGACCUCGCCUGGGGCCUCUGUGAACAACUCCGACUGACCCUCGAGCCGACAAAGGCCACACGACUGCGCGGAGAUUACCGGACGGGAAAGCGCCUGAACAUGAAGAAGAUUAUUCCCUACAUUGCGAGCGAGUAUACAAAGGACAAGAUCUGGCUCCGUCGUACACGCCCAAGCCAACGCGAAUACCAGAUCCUUCUGGCACUCGACGACUCACGGUCCAUGUCCGAGUCGCACUCGGAGCACCUGUCGUUCGAGACGUUGGCCCUGGUGUCCAAAGCGCUCACAAGGCUCGAGGCCGGAGACAUCUCGAUCGUCAAGUUUGGCGAAAGCGUUCAGGUUUUACAUGGAUUCGAUGACGGGCCUUUCAACGAUGCCGCUGGUGCCAGGGUAAUGAACAGCUUUACGUUCAGUCAAACUUCGACAGACGUUCUGGCUCUCGUUGAGACAAGCAUAUCAGUUCUACAAGAGGCGAGAGAGCGGCGCGGAAAUGGGUCAAGCGGUGCAGCGAAUCUAUGGCAAUUGGAGAUCAUCAUCUCGGAUGGGAUCUGCUCGAAUCACGACGAGCUGCGCGCUGUCAUCCGACGUGCACGCGAGCAGCGUAUCCUCGUCGUAUUCAUUGUCGUCGACGCACUCGCUCGCACCCAAGGCGGGGGUGGCAAGGUGGAGAAUUCCAUUUUAUUCAUGAAGCAAGUUCGUGAUGACCUGACGAUCGAACGGUACCUCGAUACGUUCCCGUUCGAGUACUAUGUUGUCUUGCGGGAUGUCAACGCUCUUCCCGACGUCCUGUCCGCGACACUGAAGCAAUUUUUUGAGCAUAUAGCAGAGGAAUAG